UCACUCUCGUUUCUACAACCUGGUACAAUACCCUUUGACGGGUUUAUAAAAGCAUGUUUGUAAAGUUAUAGAUUAUAGAUAUUUCCUGACACAGGCAGGAUUUCUUGUUGCAGUAUAAAACAGUUAGCUAUAAUAGAGUGUAAGAAGUGUUCAAUAGAAGAGAAGAGUUUCUUUCAACUGGAUUGUUGGAUUUUCAAAACAUUAGUUUUAAUGAAUGUAGUACUUAUACAAUUCUCUUUGUGAUAAACGUGUUUGGAAUAUUAAUGAAUUAAAAUAUGGCUGCACAUUUUCACAAAAAAGGUGACAUAUUUGAAGAAGAUGAUACAUCUGCAGUCAUGGAGAAGUUUGAAAUUAAGAUUGAACGCCCGAAGCCGGAUCCUAUUGAUGAGAUAAUCAAACUUCUAAAGAGGAUUCUAGAGUGUUGUUUAUGUUGUGUGACCUGCGGGUGUUACCCUGGCAACAGCUCAAGCCGGAGGUCAAGUACGUUCAACGGAGAUUCUGAGUUUAGUUCUGUUUUGAUGGACAAUGAAAGACAGGCUGUUCAAAAUCUACUACUGUAUUUAGAAGAUGGGUUUGGUGCAGUAUCGCCAGUUAUGUGUCAAUGUGCCGUUAAACCAAAACAAAAUUAUUUCAUGGAGACAUUCUGUGUUACAACUUUUUCCACAAACGACCUUAAUAUUUCAUUUAGGAGUGAGGGAGAAAAUACUGAUCGCAAUCUGUUAACAUCAAUGUUAUCCGAGGCCAAAAUGAUGAGAAACAGUCACUUUGAAAUAAUAAUGAUAAAAUCAUCAUUUUACAUUUCAGUGCAAAUACCAAUAACAAAUGCCCUGGCAGCACCCCUCGUAGCCCUGCUGAAAUCUUCAGAUCCCGAAAUCCUCAAAGCUGCAACUCUUGCCAUCAGUAACUUUACUCUAAAUGGACCAGCUAUUAAUAGACUGAUUUUGGUGGACAGCGGAGCUCUGAAAUUGUUAUUACCUUUAUUGUACAGUAAUUUAGUGGAGGUACAAUGUAACGCAUGUGGAUGUAUAACAACACUGGCAACAACUGACACAAGUAAAAGAUUGAUUGCUACAGAAAAUGGAAUUCCAGCUCUUUUAUUACUCCUGCAGUCAACAGAUCUCAGAGUACAACGAAACGCAGCAGGAUCUCUUCUCAAUCUCACUCAUAUACAGGAGAACCGGAAUGAUCUUGUCAAUGAUGGGGCAAUCCCGAUUUUGAUCGGGGUUUUACAGCACACAAAUGAUAACGACUUACAGUAUUAUUGUAGUGCAGCUCUCAGUAAUUUAGCGAUCAACGAGAAACAUCGAGCCAUGAUGGUUGCUGUCGGCUGCCACGAUAUUAUUGAGCAAAUGAUUCGUCUUUUGAUGACAAAAUCAGAAAGGGUGAAGUGUCAAGCAUGUUUUGUCUUGAGAAAUUUAGCAUCUGAUGUUGACAAUCAGAGUUUGAUAGUUCAAUAUAAGGCAUUACCUGCCUUACACAGGUGUAUCAAACAUUCUAAACGUGAAACGAAGUCUGCAGCGAUGGCAUGUAUCAGAAACCUCUCCAUUCAUAAAGCUAAUGAGGGUCCAAUAUUAUCUACAGAGAUUUUGGGAGACAUGUUUGAUAUUUUAACUGACUCUUCAAUGCCGGAGGCACAAAGACAUGCUGCUGGCACCAUACGUAAUCUUUCUGUGGGAAACCAUAUAAGGGAACUUGCAGAACAUGGUUGUGUAGAGAAACUUGCGACAGUGUUACUGGAUAUAGAAACACGGAUAUUAGUUCUUACAGAAGUUACGGCAGCUCUGGCAGUCAUGGCUGAUGAUGAUCAUGUUAAGCAUCAGUUACUACUUAUAUUUGAUGGAAAAAUCUUUGUUAAACUGGUUACCAUGGCAACGCUUUCAACAAAUACUGAAGUCCAAUACAACAGUGCGGGUAUUCUCGGACAGUUGGCUUUGACAGAAAUUCCAUCCCAGCUGAAAGUUGACAAUAUUCAGGGUAUAUUAUUGUACAUUGACAAAUUCCUCAAAUCAGAUGACUCAAAUUUUGUUCAUAUAGCAUUAUGGACUUUAGUGCAAUUUUUAAAAGAUCCAUUAUUUUUACAAGCUUUUAGAGAACAUGGAAUUGAGCAUAUUGUCAACAAACUGACAAGUUUGGAUAAUCUGGUCACAGUGCAAGAACUUGCUUCCAAAGUAUUGAUGAAAUUAACAGGAGAAUCUGAAUCAAGCAACGCAUCUAGCAGUGAAUGAAUCAAGUGGAGCCCCUUCCAAAAUUGUUACUUUAUUUAAAUAUUUAUUCCUAAAUGUGUAAGGAAUUAUUCAUUAUCUGAAACAGUUGAUGGGAUUUUGAAGAUUGAGACAUUAUUUUGUAGUAAUUUAAAUGUAUAAAAAAUACUUGAUUUUUAAAAACAAAGGUGGUGAGAUCACACUUAUGUUAAAGUAUAGUGUAUUAAUUAAUGCUUAAACUUUAAAAGUGACAUUAUGUCCAUCCAAGGGUAUAUAGUGAGUGAACAGGUGAAAGUUAAAAUGUGAAAAAUUUCCUUUCAAUCUUAUAAUUUUGAAAGACAAAAAACUCACAUACUCCAAGGAAAUUUCUAAAAUUGUCCAUCAGAAUUCAAUUUAAAAAGAGUGGGACUUUUUAUAUUUUUCGGCAAAUUACUAUUUCCUCAGAAACACUUUCCAAUAUCAACAGCUGGUCAUUCAACAUUAUAAUAGUCAAUCUUUUGAAAUAUAUUGUGAAUUUAUCUCCACCUGACAAAGAAAAAAUUAGUAUGAUGUCACUUUAAACUUGAUGAAAAAAAAAUACUGUGAUUAACCCUUGACUUGCCUGACACUAUACUGGUGGGAAAGGCUCAUCACAACAGGCUUCAGCAGAGCAAGGGUUAAAUAUACAGGUUGUCACCUUAGUGCUAUAAUUUGUUAACUCCUAGUAAAUUUAGGACUUAACCCGGCUGCACUAUGGUGGUGAGGUUCAUUAUAUAUUUGAAUGAAGAAAAAAUCUAUAACAGGAAGAGGUUAUUUUAUUUUUUGUCUGACAGAACAUUAUUGCGUAUGAUUGUUAAGUAUUGGUUAAUAUUUGUGUAACUAUGUAAUUUGUCACCUUAGUGCAGUAACGGUUUAACUCUUUAUAGAAUGUAAUACCAGUUAACCAGUUAGUUCACUUAGGUGACAAUAUAGUUACAAAUCAUAAAAUGAUGACUUUUUUGUGUCUUAAUAGGACUCCAUGUAAUUCAACUUUUACUCAAUGUUGUGAACAGCGCUUUACAUUAUCAGUGCAUUAUUUGAAACUUUGCGCUCUUAAAUUGAAUUUCCAACAAAAUAUUUUGUUCCAUUAAUUCUAUGUGUCAAACAAUAUACAAAUGUGUGUAUGUUUUACUGAAAGUGAAUUAUUUUAUUAUCAGAAGACCAGUUUUCACAUUUGACUGAAGUGUUUGCUGUUGUCAUAAUCAUAUUAUAUUGAAUGAAAGUAAUCAGAUAAAAAAAAAUGGAAAAAAGGGAAGAAAAAUGAUGCUGAAUUUUCCAUACGGUUAACAUGUAAAUUUGCUGUGUGCUCUACUCAGAUAAUAUUACUGCUUUGUGGGGGUAGGGGCCUUUAAUGUUAGAAAUAUUAUGUGCAGAAAUAACAGGGGCAAUAUAAAGAUCUGAUGAUGGUGAUUGUAUGGGUGUGAUGGUAGAGGAGAUAUAUAAUGCACAAAUGACAGAAGGAAAAUGUUGGUCUGGGCAAAGAUUACAAAAGUCAUAUGAAGUAUGGUCAUAGAGGUCAGACAACAGGGUAGUUUUGUAAGCUUUAUGACAUAGGGGUUAUUUGGGUGUAGUUAUAGAGGGGGUUAUGCUGGUAAUUUGAAAUAGAGUGUGUAUGACAAGAUUGGUUAUAUAGAUGUAAUAACAUAGCAGUUAUGUGGGUCUAACAGAGAUGUAAUGUGGGUGUAAUAACACAAGGGUUAUGUAGGUUUAUGUGAGAUGUAAUGUGGGUGUAAUAACACAAGGGUUAUGUGGGUCUAUUGAUAAAGGUGGAAAUGCAGGUCAUUUCAUUAAGAGAUAGGGUAUGAGGAUUUAUAACUGAUUAGUUGUGUGGCUGUAAUGAUAUUGCAGAUACUUGGGUGUAAUGAUAAAUGGGGAUAUAUAGAUUAUAUCAAAAAAAAGUAUGUGAAUAUUUGACUGAUAAUUCAGAUAAAAUGAUAGAGGGAUGAUAUGGGUUCAAAAUGAAAGUCGUAAUGCAAAUUUUAAGUUAAAUGGUUUAUGUAGGGUCUAAUCAUGGGAAAGUAAGGCAAACCUGAUUGACAUGGAAAUUAUGCAGAUUAACUUCAAUAAAAAUGUAUAAUACAUUACAAAAAGAUUCAUUUAAGUUUCACUUUCCUGGUAUAUAUGAACAAUUUUUUCUUCCAAUACUCAUUUAUAAUUAGGAAUCAUCUCAUCUUAUAACAUUCCUUUUGUUUUGAUAUUCUAACCAGUUUUGUUUUACAUUCCUAUAUCAUAUACCAGUGAUAAUAAGGUUGUAUUUUAGAAUGUUUUUAUAAGAAGAUCUGACAAUAAUUGUUCAUGCAUUUUUUGUGUUCAUUUUUACAUAUUUUUAUACUUGAGUGUAUACCUGAUUAUUUCCUGCACAUUAAACCAGUUGCCUCCAUUGUUUCCAUUUAUAGUAAACUCCAUUUAUAACGACAUCGCUUAUAACAAUACACUAGUUAUAACUUUAUACCUCCUAUAACGAUGCUGUUGCCAUGGUCCCGACUCCUGUUUUCAAAUUAGUUGCAUCUUGGACUUAAUGGUAACUGCAUAUAACAAUGUAAAUUCUGCAGUCCUAAGAAUGUCCUUAUAAGCGGAGUUUACUGUACUAUUAUUUCUUAUUUUUAUUAUUAGUGUGUAUAUUUUAAAACGUAACAUACCUUCAUGACUUUUUCUCUUUUUUUUUUUAAGAAAUAUAUUUGUAUAUAUAUUAUUAAGCGCAGAAAGUGUUCAAACAUUUUUUUUUACCAAACCAUUUUUUUUUUACAUUUUUCAUCUCUUAUUUUUACAUUUUUCUCCUUUUAUUUUUAGCUCACCUGUCACAAAGUGACAGGGUGAGCUUUUGUGAUCGCUUUUCGUCCGGCGGGCGGCCGUCGUCCAUAAACUUUUGCUUCAAAUGACAUCUCCUCAUAAACCACUAAGCCAAUUUCGUCCAAACUUCACAGGAAUGUUCCUUUGGUGGUCACCUUUAAAAAUUGUUCAAAGAACUCUGGUUGCCAUGGCAACCGAAAGAAAAAACUUUAAAUAUCUUCUUUUAAAGAACCCAAAGAGCUAGAGCUUAGAUAUUUGGCAUGAAACAUCUUCUAAUUAGUGUCUACCAAGUUUGUUCAAAUAAAAGCCCUGGGGUCAAAAUUGGCCCCGCCCCAGGGGGUCAUUGAUUUUCCCUAUAUGCAUAUAGUAAAAACUUAAAAAAAAUUCUUUUAAAGAACCCAAAGAGCUAGAGCUAAGAUAUUUAGCAUGAAACUUCUUCUAGUGAGUGUCUACCAAGUUUGUUCAAAUAAAAGCCCUGGGGUCAAAAUUGGCCCUGCACCAAAGGGGUCAUUGAUUUUCCCUAUAUGCAUAUAGUAAAACUUAAAAAAUCUUCUUUUAAAGAACUCAAAGAGCUAGAGCUAAGAUAUUUAGCAUGAAACAUGUUCUAAUGGGUGUCUACUAAGUUUGUUCAAAUAAAAGCCCUGGGGACAAAAUUGGCCCCGCCCCGGGGGUCAUUGAUUUUUCCUAUAUGUGUAUAGCAAAACUUAAAAUACCUUCUUUGAAAAAAUCCCAAAUAGCUAGAGUUUAGAUAUUAAGCAUGAAACCUCUUCUAGUGAGUGUCUACAAAGUUUGUUCAAAUUAAAGCCCUGGGGUCAAAAUUGGCCCCGCCCCGGGGGUCAUUGAUUUCCUUAUAUGUGUAUAGCAAAAACUUAAAAAAUCUUCUUUGAAAAAACCCAAAUAGCUAGAGUUUAGAUAUUAAGCAUGAAACAUCUUCUAAUAAGUGUCUACAAAGUUUGUUCAAAUAAAAGCCCUGGGGUCAAAACUGGCCCCGCCCCAGGGGUGUCAUUGUUUUUAACUAUAUGUGUAUAGUAAAAACUUAAAAAAUCUUCUUUUAAAAAACCCAAUGAGCUAGAGCUUAGAUGUUUAGCAUGAAACAUCUUCUUAUGGAUGUCUACCAAGUUUGUUCAAAUAAAAGCCCUUGGGUUAAAAUUCACUCUGCCGGGGGGGGGGGGGGGGUGAGAAGGUCAUUGUUUUUCCUUAUAUGUGUAUAGCAAAAACUUAACAUCAUGAAACAUCUUCUAAUGGGUGUCUUAAUUCCAAGUUUGUUCAAAUAAAAGCCCUGGGGUUUAAACUGGCCCCGCUUCGGGGCCUAUAUACAGGUGAGCGACCUCAGGGCCAUCAUGGCCCUCUUGUUACAUUUUUCUGGUUUUUAUUAACAAUUUAUCAACUUAACCUUUCACCUUCUAGAUUAACCUUUACCAACAGUAUAUAGAGUAAGGCCAUCUUUUCAUACAGCCUGAAGAGACUAUAAACUGUUGGUAGCGCAAUCUUUGAAUUUUGACAUUAAAAUCCGUUAUAAUGAACUCCACUGAGGAGCUGAAAAUAGUGAGAGGGUAAAUCUAUAAUAGGAAUUUAGUAGGUUAUAGGUAAAAUUCAUUGUGAUUGUGUCUUAAAUAUCAUAUAUUUUUUUCUUUUUCAAGAUCUCAUUUAUUUAUAGAAAAUG